AUGUGCCGUCGUGAUGGUUCAACCAGCGAUGUCUGCCCCACCUCUCGCUCGACCUGCUCGCCUCCACCACCGCAAGAGGCGUCUCUUCCAAGGUGUUGCAGCAACAACACCGGCAGCUGUUCGGCGAGAUCGCCGACCAGGCCAUCUCCAAGUUCUGCCGCCGACCAGGCCGUCUCCAAGUUCCGCAAGGUGAUCUCCAUCCCCGACCGCACCGGCCACGCCCGCUUCCGCCACGGCCCCAUCCAGUCACCGCCACCACCGCCUCCUCUAGCUCUGGUCGCUCCUCCUCCUUCCCCACCGCGCCCUCUCGCCAUCGAGCUGUCCAGGCCGACCCCAUUGACCGUCGUGGCGCCGGUUUCGAUGGCCGCCCCGGUCCCGCAGCCGCAAAGCCUGACGCUGGACUUCACCAAGCCGAACCUGACCAUGUCGGGCGCGAUGUCCGUGACGUCCACGUCCUUCUUCUCGUCGAUAACUGCCGCCGAGGGGAGUGUGUCCAAGGGUCGCAGCCUGGUGUCCGCCGGCAAGCCGCCGCUGUCCGGGCACAAGAGGAAGCCCUGCACCGGCGCGCACUCAGAGGCCAACACCACGGGCAGCCGAUGCUACUGCUCCAAGAUAAGGAAGAACCGCAUGAAGACGACGGUGAGAGUGCCGAGGGUGAGCGCGAAGAUCGCCGACAUCCCGCCGGACGAGUACUCGUGGAGGAAGUACGGCCAAAAACCCAUCAAGGGAUCCCCUUACCCACGGUAA